AUGCAGACUGCUUCUACAAACAUUUGUGAAAGUCUGUGCAAUAUGUCCAUCCAUGAAAUUUCCUUGCUACUAAAUAUUCCACAGUCAACUGUUAGUGGUAUUAUAACAACGUGGAAGCAAUUGGGAACAACAGCAACUCAGCCACAUAGGCGUAGACCACGUAAAAUGACAGAGUGGGGUCAGCACAUGCUGAAGCGCACAGUGCGCAGAAGUUGCCAACUGUCUGCAGAGUCAGUAGCUAAAGACCUCCAAACUUUGUGUGGCCUUCAGAUUAGCACAACAACAGUGUGUAGAGAGCUUCAUGGAAUGGUUUUCCCUGGCCGAGCAGCUGCAUCCAAGCCAUACAUCACCAAGUGCAAUGCAAAGCGUCGGAUGUAGUGGUGUAAAGCAUGCUGCCACUGGACUCUAG